AUGACUCCCGUAGGGUUGUUGGCAUGUUAUGCUGGCUUCCUAGCCAGCGCCGCCGCACCACAAUUCUCAUCGGCGCUCUCCAUUCGCUCUGGCACAGCGACGUCUCAGCAAAACAGCCUCCUCACAAAUUUAUUUACAUCUGACGACGAUCCUGCGCCGACGCCUCCUGCAACCGAAGAGAAAACUGACGGUUGCUUGAACAUCAUAAACAAGCUAAGGCAGGAAAAUCUCAAAGACCUGUUGGGAACCCUCACCAAGGCAAAUGACACUGACGUAAGAGCAAGCCUCAAGACGAUCAAUAUAGAGGAUGCGGAAAACCUUACUGCAGCGAAAAUUGCACAAACGCUUGCGGGCAGCGAUGUCCAAAAAUGUGAAUUGGGCGAAAAAGCGAAUGCGGGGAAGUAUCCCGGACUCGUCAUUCCAUUCCCGCAUUCCACGGAGUUCGAUUGCGACGCUUUGAUCCAGGCGACUUACACAGCCGGACUCGACCACCUCAAACAAUCGAACUUCGAGCCAUCGACAGGAAUAUACGAUGUCGCAAAAGCUCCAUUUGAUAACAUAAAUGCCAGCAACGUGGCGUUUCUGCUGUCGGCGAAAAGCACAAAGGUCUCAUGCGGCGCCACCAAAGACUGCAAUGCUGGCCAUGGCGUUCUGUUCUGUUACUUCAUAGAUCCACUUCAAAAAGGAGAAAAGCCCUUCACAACUGAGCUUUACAAUGCCCUCUGGGGAUUGGAAGCAGGCGCAGCGUCCAUCUCACUUCCCAGCGUCGCCACCGUUCUUUUGGUCCUCGCUUCGAUGAUUCAGGCUUGA